UGAAGAAAUGGUGAAGCUUUCACCAUGUGCUGUUACGAUUCUGGUGAUGUGUUGUUGGGCUACAAUUGCUGCAUCUCAUGCCAUGAAAUACAAAGACCCAAAUCAGCCACUAAAUGUUCGCAUAAGGGACUUGAUGAAUCGAAUGACUUUGGAAGAAAAGAUUGGUCAAAUGACGCAGAUUGAUCGAUCUGUUGCCACAUCUGAUGUAAUGCAGAAAUACUUCAUAGGGAGUUUAUUGAGUGGCGGAGGGAGUGUUCCGGCCAAAGAAGCAUCACCGGAGACAUGGAUUAAUAUGGUAAACAAUUUCCAAAACGGGUCGUUGUCGACCCGUUUAGGGAUACCGAUGAUGUAUGGAAUUGAUGCUGUUCAUGGCAAUAGUAAUGUUUACAAUGCCACCAUUUUCCCACAUAAUAUUGGCCUUGGAGUAACAAGGGACACUGAAUUGGUGAAGAAAAUCGGAGCUGCGACUGCUCUUGAGGUUCGAGCAACCGGCAUUAACUACGCCUUCGCACCUUGUGUAGCGGUGUGUAGAGAUCCAAGAUGGGGUCGUUGUUUCGAGAGUUUUAGCGAAGAUCCUUUGAUUGUUCGAGCAAUGACGGAGAUUAUACCUGGACUUCAAGGAGACAUUCCUCGCAACGGUCGAAAAGGCGUUCCUUUUGUUGGUGGACAAAAAAAAGUUGCAGCUUGCGCCAAACACUUUGUUGGUGAUGGUGGAACAACGAGAGGCAUCAAUGAGAACAAUACUGUCACGGACGUCCGUGGUUUAUUGAGCAUUCAUAUGCCACCUUAUUAUGAUUCGAUUCGAAAGGGUGUUUCAACCAUCAUGGUUUCUUACUCUAGCUGGAAUGGAGUCAAAAUGCAUAGAAAUCGCAAUCUUAUAACUGGAUUUCUCAAGAACACCCUCAAAUUCAGAGGAUUUGUGAUCUCAGAUUUCGAAGGUAUCGACAAGAUGACGAACCCACCUCAUGCGAAUUACACAUGGUCGAUUCUGCAGAGCGUUUCUGCUGGCAUAGAUAUGAUCAUGGUUGGCUACAACUACACAGAAUUCAUCGAUGGAUUGACCUAUCUUGUGAAGAACGAGUUCAUCCCAAUGACUCGGAUCAACGAUGCAGUGAGGCGGAUUCUGCGAGUGAAGUUCGUGAUGGGUCUGUUUGAAAACCCGUUAUCAGAUUUGAGAAUGGCGAAAUAUCUUGGAUCAGAGGUACAUCGAGGAUUGGCUAGGGAGGCCGUACGAAAAUCGUUAGUCUUGUUAAAGAACGGUAAACCCGGUGACCGGCCGAUGCUUCCACUCCCGAAAAGAUCGACCAAAAUCUUGGUCGCCGGUACCCACGCCCAUAACAUCGGUAACCAAUGUGGUGGCUGGACGAUCGAAUGGCAUGGCAAAAGCGGUAAUAUUACCAGAGGUACAACGAUCUUAUCAGCAAUCCGAAAUACCGUUCUCCCGACAACCGAAGUCGUGUACAUCGAGAACCCAACUCCCGAUUACAUCAAAUUGAACAACUUCUCGUACGCUAUCGUGGUAACGGGCGAGUAUCCGUAUUCAGAGUCAGCUGGUGAUAGUCAGAAUCUAACGAUACCAGAACCUGGACCAACAACGAUUACAAAUGUAUGUGGGUCUGUGAAGUGUGUGGUUGUGCUGAUGUCAGGUCGACCCGUUGUGAUCGAGCCGUAUGUUCCGAUCAUGGAUGCAUUGGUGGCUGCGUGGCUUCCGGGAACCGAAGGUGAAGGUGUAACCGAUGUUCUAUUUGGCGAUGCUGGUUUUACGGGCAAACUUGCACAUACUUGGUUCAAGACGGUCAAUCAACUCCCAAUGAACGUUGGUGAUCCGCAUUACGAUCCAUUGUACCCGUUUGGAUAUGGACUCACAACCGACGACGGAUAUUCGACGUAG